AUGAGACGGAGCCAACGGUACCACACCAAGAGCGGGCUUGCUCCAAAUGGAUGGAGCCUUCCCGGCUCUUUUGCAAGGUGGCACCACGGGCAGGACAAGGGUGACCAGCUCCGAAAAGGAACGGGGAAGGCGGGCGAACGAACGAUCGGGAAAGGCAGGCGUGGGAAGCCGGAAAGGGCCAGGAAGAGGAGGAGGACCAACCACGCUAACUCAAUUUCUGGUAGUCCGUGA